AUGGAUGACACAUCGCUCCAGUGGGCAGGCAAGAAUCUCCGACGUGCACGCGGGGUGUGGUAUGCGACGGUUUAUGUGCGCAAUUGGACCAUCGAGCUUGGCAUGCUCGUGCUGGCCCACAAGUUGCAGUUUGUGGCCACGUCGGGAUGCGGGGCCCCCUCGGCGCCGACGACGCCGCCCGAGGAGAUCCGCGAGGUGGUGCUGGCAGGGGCCGACUGGCAGCGCAGGCGCGCGUUGGACCACGCCCCCGCGGUUGCUGGUGCCGAGCUCCAGCGGCGUCGAGCCGCGCGGAAGGGCAUCCUGGAGCUGGAGGCCAAGCGGCGGGGGGCAUUUCGAAUUGCGCGGGCGCGGGCGCGACUAACGUGCCCAGCGCGUUGCCGGAAGGGCUACCAGGGCACGGGCGAUCGCUCAUCGGGUGCCCAUGCAGGGGCCGCGCAUAUACACGCGCGGUAUGAGCGCGAGAAGUUGGCGGGCGGCGAGGACGCCGACCUGGCUGAGAGGUCGAAGCGCAAGGAGCGACGGCUUGGCCGGCAGGCGCGAGGUCGCGGCCCAGGCAAAGCGUCGUGCUGCGGCUAUUGUGAGUUCGUCGCGCUGGCCCCCCAGCUGCCGCAGAUCCCCCCGCCCCUCGAAAAGUUGCUCGUCUUCGCCUGGGAAGCAGCUGGCGACGGCCCCCAGGCGCAGAACGCGAGGGGUAGGCCCUGCGCGAUCUCGGCCGUCUCGGUGGAGGCCGAGGAGAAGGAAGCUCCCCAGGCUUGCGGCGAAGUUGCUGGUUUGCAUGUCGGAGGUGCCGACGACGCAGCGCGCGAUCGGCAGCUGGCUUCCAUUGUGCACCGACGGGGCGGCCGCCAGCAGCAACGCCCCCAGGUGACGUUGCGGCUGGGCGGCCGUGGAACCCGAUUGCUUUGGCUGGCCGCGUCGGGGGAGUUCCAGGCCACGACCGAGGGUUGCGAUAUUGUGGAUUUGUUGGACAAUCAGUGGGCCGAGUUUUUCGCGGGCCUGGGGGGUGAUGAGGCGGCGCUGGCGGGGACCUUCGCGCGCGAUUGCCAGCUCCAGUUCGAGACCGCGGCGGGGGCGGUAACGAUUUUCGGCCAGCUGGUGCAGCGACGCGCGGAAGGGGCCCAGAGGCCCGAGAAGCUUGACGUGAUGAAGCCGAGCCAGGUCCCCACCGUCUACUUCCCGAAGUAUGUUGGAAUCGAGAACAAGCGGCUGUGGUUGAUGCAGCUCGUGGUCAAUAUCUGCGUCAUCCUCCUUGUCGUCGGUGUCUUGGCCAGUAACCUCUUCCCAGAGGUGGCUUCCCCUGAAAUCCGACUUAGCGCCUCGGUUGAGGGUGUGCAAUCCGUCGCCAGUAUGGACUCCAGUGCUCUGUGCAGUGGAGACUUGCGUGCAUUGUAUGACUACGCGUUCGAUGAGUCGCCCAACUGGAAGAUGAACAAUACACAGUGCGCCAGCUGGUGCUCGCAGAACAUCAGCGACAUCUCCUGCAUCAGGGAGGCGGACGUCUCCGUGAGCGACGCCGCGCAGGAGGUGUUCGUGGCGACCUCGUUCACCGAGGAGCUGCACGUGCUCGCGGACGAGUGCCCGUUCGACCUGGAGGACGACGGCGAGUGCAGGAAGACGAGCAGCUACCUGAUUCCCGGGGUGGAGCACACCAGCGCGCGGAUGCACAUCUCGUACCAGAUAGACCUUCGCACUUACCACCAGUAUACCGGCAACGAGCAUAUCACGACGCUCGAUACCCGCACGGUCGUCUUGGACGCUGACGGGGAGGUCUUCAAGGAGUUCGCGGUCGGGGAGGCCCUCACAAUCACUGUGGCCGAGGCCCUGGUGGCCGCCGGCUUCGACAGCGCCGGCCUCGACGCCCGGGCCUCGACCUCGCGCGCGUCGGAGCUCCCCAGCAGCACGGCGCCCGGGACGACCGAGAGGCCAGCUGUGCGCGUGACCGGCAUCGACAUCGUCGUUACGGCGGAGAUCGGCAAUAAGGUCGUGAAGCCUUAUGGAGACCCAACCCUCGCCAUCAGAAUUGGCGCAGUGCAGACUUGGAGCUCCCGCCAGGUGAACUCCGCACUGGACAUGUACGGGAGCGUCCGCGCAAGAACCUACAACGGCGUCCGCUUCAAGUUCCACGCCAAAGGGAAGUUCCAGUGGAUCCAGAUGUUCCAGGUCAGCUACGCCGCCUGCCUGGCGGUGGCGUGGAUGCGCAUCCCGUUCCUGCUGGUGUUCUACUUCGCGGUCUUCAUGCUCGGAGGUCUCUCGGACGUGUACAACGGCUUCCUGUACCAGACGCUGGACUUCGGCAAGGAGUUCACGGGCGUCUGCGCCCGCAUGCUCAAGACCAGCUACUCCUUUGCGGACAUGCACGACAUGGAGGAGGAGGACGGCGAGGGCGAGAAGGAGGUCCAGAUCUGGGGCAUCUCGAAGGAGCGCUUUGCCAAGCGGCUGGAGACCAUCUUCACCGGCACCGUCCUGGGCAACGACAAGGCGAAGCUCAGCCUGUUCGUGGACUUCGUGUUCGAGCGCAGCAAGUCGCCCACGGGGAUGCCCAGCGAGGAGGACGCCAUCUUGCUGGAAGAUUACAUCCGAAUCUUCGGCUCUAAGGAGGACCUCCCGUGGGAAGACAUCGUGUCCAUCUUCGAUCAGAGUGCCACGCAAAACACGUUGGAAAAGCUGUUCAUGGAUUCCACUUUGAAUCGGUUCUACGAGGCGGAGAUGCGCAUCGGCUACAAGGAGAAGACGCAGUACAAGGUGGACAAGAAAAAGUGGAACGCCGAGGGCCUGGCCAACAAACGCGUCAACGCCAUGCAGCUGCUGCGGACGAAGCGUGACCUGGGCGAGCUGAAGCAGCAGUCGAACCUCGUGAGGGCCAUUUACGGGCAAGCUCUCCUCGAGGAGCGCAUGAGAACGCUGGACCUCGCCCUGCGCAACAUCCAGCAGCGGCGCAAAGCGGGCGUCGUCAACGGCAUCAUGGGCGAGGGCGACGGGGAGGAGGCCGAAGUCGUCAAGUACCCCGAGCGCGACCACGUCUAUGCGAUCUGA